AUGUUGAAGUCCAAAGUACCCCAUUUGGGUUUGAAAGAAAAGGCCAGACUAUUUAGGCGUCUGAUGUUGGCAUUCCUGUUGGUGUACUUAGCAGAAGGGUUUGCAUGUCUGGGCAUCAGCAUCUGGCUCCUGGUACGAUUACAUUCAGUGAACGAAUGUUUCUUGAAUUAUCAAAUUAAUGCCGCCAGUUCCCUGGUCCUUGCGUCGGGCAUCCUCACCGUUUGUGUAUGUGCUUUAGGCGUAAGUUCUACAUCCAAAGCCAAAAACUCGCCUACUCUCCGGCCCUUCGUUAUCUUCUUUGUGGUCCUAGUAGUGCUGGAAAUAUCAGCUGCCAUAGUUUCUGCAGUCGAUCAAAAUAAAUUAGAAGACAAGACUUUCCAUAAUAGCAUGAGUAAUACACACUGGCAGAUCAGCAACGAACAGGACGAGGACGAGCAAAAAGAACUGCUUGAAUGCUGGAAAGAAAUUCAGGUAGAUUUCAAAUGUUGUGGAGUGGAUGGUUAUCGUGAUUGGAUAACCGACCCAACAGAUACAUAUAACUUCUCUGUGACUAUUUCCACCAUGGCGCUAGACAGUUGUAGAUGCGAGUUGAAUUGGAGACGUCACGAACAAAAAUGCAUCCAAGUCAAUGUGACGCUUGGAACUAAUGUGAGUGACUACAGUGUGUUUACAAGUCCGUGUUACGACGCUUUGUACAGCGCCAUCAAUACCCAAACAACGUUGCUGAGAUGGUUCUGUCCUAUUCUAGCUAUCGUACAAAUUGUGUCUUUUUCUUUUAUUUUCUGGUUGAUUUCAAAGCUUCAAAAGGCAAACGCAAUAGAAAUAUACGGAGUGGAUACCGGAAAGAAUGCAGAUGGAACUGAACCCUCCAACAUAUUUUCUGUCUCUGAGGACAGAGGUGUCUCGAGGUAG